UUCACUUAGAUCUUGCUGUGAUCAAGGACAAGGAGAAAAUGCCACGCAAGAUUAAAGGCUUCUUCUUGUUACUUCUCUUUGGCUAUGAAGCCACACUGGGAUUGUCAUCGACAGAGGACGAGGGUGAGGACCCCUGGUACCAGAAGGCAUGCAAGUGUGAUUGCCAGGUAGGAGCCAAUGCUCUGUGGUCUGCUGGAGCUACUUCAUUAGACUGUAUUCCAGAAUGCCCAUAUCACAAGCCCCUGGGUUUCGAGUCAGGGGAGGUCACGCCAGAUCAGAUCACUUGCUCCAACCCAGAGCAGUAUGUGGGCUGGUAUUCCUCAUGGACAGCAAACAAGGCCCGGCUCAACAGUCAAGGUUUUGGGUGUGCUUGGCUUUCCAAGUAUCAGGACAGCAGCCAGUGGUUACAGAUAGAUUUGAAGGAGAUCAAGGUGAUUUCGGGGAUCCUUACCCAAGGACGCUGUGACAUAGACGAGUGGGUGACCAAGUACAGUGUGCAGUAUAGGACUGAUGAGCGCCUGAACUGGAUUUACUAUAAGGAUCAGACCGGAAACAAUCGGGUCUUCUAUGGAAACUCAGACCGGAGUUCUACAGUUCAGAACUUACUCAGGCCCCCCAUCAUUUCCCGCUUCAUCCGACUGAUUCCUCUAGGCUGGCAUGUCCGAAUUGCCAUCCGGAUGGAGCUGCUUGAGUGUGCCAGCAAGUGUGCCUGAUGCCUAUGUCAGCUCAGUCCUGUCACUUGCAGGGAGAGCUUUGGGGGAGGGGCACCCUGAACUACCACUGGGAUGAAUGGGGCUAUAUCUUAUAAGCACUUUACAAUGUAGAUCUGGGUAGAGAAUAUUUCACUUUUUAAAAGGUAGUUUUAAAUUUCAAUGAGAGAGAGAGAGAGAGAGAGAGAGAGAGAGAGAGAGAGAGAGAGAGAGAGAGAGCUUUUCUUCAACUGAGGGCCAAAGAAAAUAAGAACAAAGAAAGUAUCUCUCAAAGCAAUUUUCUUACACAAACCCAAAUAGCAGGGGUAAUUUGCUGCUCUGGCU